GAUCAGUCUAGUACCGGCGCAGAGGUUGAGCUACAAAAGACCUCAAUAGCGAUACUUGAAGAGGUGGCAACUAUCUAAGACACACAGGAAUCAAGACAAUUCACCCUUUUACACUUUUUUUUUACACAGCACCUCAGCCUACCAUGAAAGUCUUCCGCUUCCUCGGCCCCGACAAAGGUCUUGUCCUCCAGGAUGUCCCCAUUCCAUCUCCAGGCCUCGAAAGGGCCAUCAUCUGCGUCAAAGCCGCGGGGCUCUGCCACUCAGACACCCACGUCCUCCACGGCGGCGGCGCAGCGUGGAUGUGCGCGCUGCCCGUGACGUUGGGUCACGAGGUCUCCGGCAUCAUUACCGAGUUAGGAGACUCUUCAAGCACAUCAUUCAAGAAAGGCGACCGUGUAGCUGUUGCCUGUGUGGGCCAUCCGAUCCAAGAGAGAGACUUUCAGGAAGCCUUAGGUGUCGGCUGCGACGGCGCGUACGCCGAAUAUGCUCUCGCUCCUGUUAAGAAUCUCGUCAAGAUUCCGGAGCAUGUUGGAUUUGCCGAGGCUGCUGUGGCCACGGAUUCCGUUGCCACUGCCUACCACGCCGUCGUCGCCGAGGGUCGAGUAUCUGCAUCACACACGGUUGCUGUCAUUGGUCUAGGUGGUUUGGGGUUGAACGGACUGGCGAUUGCCGCACACCGCGGUGCUAGAGUCUUUGGCGUCGACAUCAACACGGAUAAGUUUGAACAGGCCAAGGAGUUCGGCGCUCUCGACUGUGCCAGAGAUUUGAGAAUGUUCUCAAAAGAAACUUUCGAUGGUAUCCUGGACUUUGCAGGAGCUCAGAAGACGGUGGAGGCUGCGAUAUCCUCAGUGAGACCUUGUAUGAGCAAGAGAUCGUUCAUGUUCAUAUAGAGGCCACUUUCGGUCAAUAUCCAAUCCCAUAAUAUCAUAAGCGACUCACGGUUGGGCAUCGUCGCGCACACUACAACUUCUACUUUGCGGAAGCGCAGAUCUACAGGCAUUACGGGCGUGGUCAAUACAAGGUACUCGUGCGAUGCCGCCUCCGGUUCCGGAGGUUCAUGUCGGAGAAUCGGAGCGGGCCCGAAGAUCGCGGCGUAGCUGAUCCGGAGUAUUUGAGUCAUUAAGACGGAAGCAAUGCGGAGCGAUUCUUCAAGAUCUCAGUUCUUCGGUCCAUGUCAUGAGCAUGCAAGGCAGCGGUGCACCCUCCACAGUAGGACUGAGUCAUCGCCCUGGCAUAUCAAGAACAAAAACCGACGAUGGCAUCGUUCGAUGCGAGGAAGCAAUGCGGCGUUCUGUCCG